AUGACAGGUGUAGGCAGCGGGAAGGGUUCGAACCCGGGACCAUCGAUACCACUGAACAACAUUCCAGAGCGCAUACCACACGACCAGGCAGCCAAGAUAAAGGGAGAUACUCUCAAGAUAAAGGGAGAUACUCUCAAGAUAAAGGGAGAUACUCUCAAGAUAAAGGGAGAGACUCUCAAGAUAAAUGGAGAUACUCUCAAGAUAAAGGGAGAUACUCUCAAGAUAAAGGGAGAGACUCUCAAGAUAAAGGGAGAUACUCUCAAGAUAAAGGGAGAUACUCUCAAGAUAAAGGGAGAUACUCUCAAGAUAAAGGGAGAGACUCUCAAGAUAAAGGGAGAUACUCUCAAGAUAAAGGGAGAUACUCCCAAGAAAAAGGGAGAUACUCCCAAGAAAAAGGGAGAUACUCUCAAGAUAAAGGGAGAUACUCCCAAGAUAAAGGGAGAUACUCUCAAGAUAAAGGGAGAUACUCUCAAGAUAAAGGGAGAUACUCUAUGCUUCUAG